AUGCUGGUGUUGUGGAAGGAGUAUCUGAGUGAUAGUAAUGUGUGUGAGGAGUAUCUGAGUGAUAGUGAUGUGUGUGAGGAGUAUCUGAGUGAUGGUGAUUAUCUGAGUGAUAGUAAUGUGUGUGUGGAGUAUCUGAGUGAUAGUAAUGUGUGUGUGGAGUAUCUGAGUGAUAGUAAUGUGUGUGUGGAGUAUCUGAGUGAUAGUAAAGUGUGUGAGGAGUAUCUGUGUGAUAGUAAUGUGUGUGUGGAGUAUCUGAGUGAUAGUAAUGUGUGUGAGGAGUAUCUGUGUGAUAGUAAUGUGUGUGUGGAGUAUCUGUGUGAUAGUUAUGUGUGUGUGGAGUAUCUGUGUGAUAGUAAUGUGUGUGUGGAGUAUCUGUGUGAUAGUAAUGUGUGUGUGGAGUAUCUGAGUGAUAGUAAUGUGUGUGAGGAGUAUCUGUGUGAUAGUAAUGUGUGUGAGGAGUAUCUGUGUGAUAGUAAUGUGUGA